UGUUGACAUUCUGCUAUAUUUUUUCCACUACAUAAAAUCUCUACAAUUUUAGGGCACGAAUGUCGUCAUUCCUAAUGGGUCCAUUGAUCCAUGGCAUGCUUUGGGCAAAUACACCUCCAAUCAUGAUUCAGUCAUACCAAUUCUGAUAAAUGGUACUGCCCACUGUGCGGACAUGUACCCGCCCUCAGAUAAGGAUAAGCCUGAUUUGAAGCGAGCCCGUGAUCUCAUCGUGGAAAACAUUGAAAAGUGGUUGAGCGAUGACCAGAAUAGUGUAGAUGGUGCUAUUUAGGUUCAAAUAAAAAGCACAUGGAAAAGACCGGUGGAACGAGCUCCUUUGACAGAAGAAGAACUGAAAGCCGCUCCAAAACCCUCAAAAACGAAAGAGGUUUUCCAAAAGUGGACUCGUAAUAAGAAAGUGUUCCUAGGCAGACCUCCACAUGGCCUCCUCCCCCCACCUGAUGAG